CAUUUUUUUUUAUUUAUUUAUUAUUUUUUUUUUAUUGCAGAACUUAUACAAAAAUACCAACACAGGGAAGUAAGGCAAGGUGUACAAACAAACAAACAAUAGUACCUAACAGAAAAUAAGCAUCCUGGGUAUGCAUACAUCAAAUUAUGUAAUACAUAAAAAAAAAUAAAAAAAAAAGAAAAGCAUAAUUUUAAGGCCAAGUCAUGUCUUUGAAUAAAUCGAUUCCAUCUUUUUGUUCAUAAUGGAGUGCGCGUCGCGUCACGUCACCCAAGGUCGCGCCAGCUACAAGAUCUCUCGCUGAUUUACUGACUCUGAUUGACAGCUGGAGGACAAAGCAGACAAAGAUUCCUCACUACAUCCAUUUGUUUGUUUUACCUAGGCUAUUUUAUUUCCUUUUAUUUACAGAAUACUAUUUCAACAUAUCAUAGUAACAUUUAAUGAUGAGGUCUUUGAAUUUGCAUCAGUGGGAACUGCAAAGAAAAAAAAAACUUGUUUAGAGUCAGGCAAAGAACAUCAUUUAAUUUUAAUAAUUGAAAAGAAAUAGAAAUUUUAAUAGCCUAUUAAUCGUUUCUUGCCCCAUGGGGUUUUAUCAAUUGGUUACUCUACAAACAACGAUACGGCAAAUCCAACACAACAAAUUAAGGCAAGCAAAACAAAACACACUUGACUCUUUUGAAGUACAAAAUAAUUCUUAACAGCAAUAAAACACUUAAAAUCAGUGAAUAAAAACUGCUAAAUGACAAGUUGAAUCACUUGGAUUGUUAUUUUAACUAGUAUGUUUUCAUAAUUUCAUUAUUUGGUUGUUCUUAUGACUGUACUGCACAUACGAGAAUGAAAAUGCAUAAAAAUUGUGUAAAUUGAUAGUCUCACAGGCAAAAUUUAAACAUGUAGAAUAUAUUGGUUUUAAUAAUACAAACAAUAACAAACCUACCUUUUUGAAAGAUGGAUACACACAAUUUAAAUGCUUAAAAUUAAGUCGACUGACAGUCUAGAGCGUCAAAGUGCGCAUCCCUGACACAUUUAUUAAAACGAAUGAUAAGCCUUCCGUAUUUUAGUGCAAAUCUAUAGCAUUUUACGCAAAACAAAGAAAUUGUAGGCCUACUUUAUUUUAUCUAAUAAUGUAAAAUGCUGUUGGUGUGUGUAAACCAAUCACAGACCUGUGUGUGAACCAGUCACUGACCAAAAACAUAAAAUGAUGUCAGAUGUCCUAGGAACGAAAAAAAAGGGGAGGGGUUUCGAAACAAUUCCAGGUGUGAUUCCUAAAUUGUUUGCUGACGCAAUCUUUCAUACAUGGUCUUUGGACGCGCACAUUUGGAGAAAUGCUUAUUUGUACUUGGCAAUUGAUUAUUUUCAAAGACGAAUAUGGCGCGACGAAGACUCACUGCCGACUCCAAGCAAGUUGCUGAACUGUUUUUUGACGACAGCGAUGAGAGCGAGAACGGAUCUGAGAGCGAGAACGGAUCUGAUCCAGAUUGGUUUGAUUCGAGUGAAGAGGAUCAAUUCUUGGACGUAAUUUAUCCAGUUGAGGAUCUAAAUCAGGAAACCACAGAGCAGCCGAGUACACCAGCUGAAUCGGGGACCCCGACCGCUAGUUCACACAGCACCGCUUCUACUCCUCGUGCAGCCCACAGAUCUAAGUCUCCUCGUGCAGCCCACAAAUCUAAGUCUCCUCGUGCAGCCCACAGAUCUAGGUCUCCUCGUGCAGCCCGCAUAUCCAUUUUUCCUCCUCAACCCGGCUCCUCCAGCUCUGCCACGGGGUCACCAAGAUCGCCUGCGACCACUCCCUUGAAGUUGCAUCGUAGCGGAAGGAGGCCCUCUGAGUCAAAGAGUCGGUUUGGCUCCCCAGUAGGCAAGUCACGUUCAUCUUUCAGAAGUCCAGCAACACCAAACCAGCCGGAUCAAGUAUGGAAGACUGAAAAGGAUCUUGAUGUGGCCCCCGUUCUCCACAGGUUUUGCCCCAAACGGCAACCUGGAGUGCAAUUGGACACCUCUGUAGAGCAAAGCCCCCUCUGCCUUUUCAAGCACUUUUUCAGUGCUCAAUCAAUCAGGACGUUGUGUGCCAACACAAACAAGCUGGCCGAGAGAAACAUUGCUAAUGGGAAAAGGUACAAGUGGACCACCAUCAACCCUGCAGAGAUGUUGAAAUACAUCGGCUUGGUUUUGUUCAUGGGAGUUCUAAAGCUCCCGGCCAUAAGUGACUAUUGGAAGAGAAAAAACAUUUUUUCUGUGAAUUUUCCGAACACGGUCAUGUCAAGGGAUCGGUUCCGCGCCAUAUCUUGGAAUAUCCAUAUGAGUGACCCGGAGGAAGAUGUUGUGAAUGACAAAAAGAGGCACACUCGGCCAGAUGAGUAUGACACACUCUUUCGUUUGAAGCCAUUGAUGACUGAGAUAAAGACCGCCUGUCAGUCUGCCUACCAUCCCAGGAAGCAGGUUUCCAUCGAUGAGAGGAUGGUGGCCACCAAGGCAAGAACUGAGAUGACCCAGUACAUGAAAGCGAAACCUACCAAAUGGGGGAUAAAGUUGUUUGUGCUGGCAGACGCCAGUAAUGGCUAUACCUGUGACUUCAACAUAUACACAGGUAAAAGCAGGUUGAUCUCUGGGCUAGGGCUCCCGUUUGACUCUGUGGUGGAAUUGAUGAGGCCAUCUUUCUUAGGCAGUGGUUAUCACCUCUACUGUGAUAAUUUUUACACCAGCCCAAAACUCUUCAGACACUUGCUGUCCCUCCAUUUUGGAGCCUGUGGUACCAUACGUGAGGGGAGGAAGGACGCUCCGAAUACAAAAAUAAACCAACUGACUGUGAAAUCCCCUAGAGGAGCUCUCAGGUGGAUAAGAGAAGAUGACCUUCUCUUCACCAGGUGGAUGGACAACAGGGAGGUGGCAAUGUGCAGCAGUGUCCAUGUUGCUUAUGAUGGGGACACUGUCAAGAGGAACCAGAAAAAGAGGGAUGGAUCCUGGGAGGAGAUAAACAUACCAGUACCAAAACCGAUUGUUGAUUACAACAUGUACAUGGGGGGAGUGGACCUAUCAGACCAGCUGAUACAGUACUACUCGGCUCACCACACGACCAGAAGAUGGUACCGAACCAUGUUUUUUCAUUUUAUUGACAUUGCUGUGACCAAUGGCUUUAUAAUAUACAGAGAACUUCAAAAGCUGAGGAACACCCCAGCCAACCAGCUCAUCACCCACAGGGCCUACGUGGAGCAGCUCGUGGCCGAGCUGUGUGGCGUCACGGUCGGCACCGUGCCUGUGCAGAGGAGAACCAGACAUACACCUGUGCCUAUCUCAAUUCCUGUUGCAAGGCUGAGGUGUGAGAAAUGCAAGGCGGAUGGGCUCCCAAGAAAAGACACCUCGUGGAAAUGCAAUGAGUGUGAUGUGCCGCUCUGCCUCCAGCCGGAGCGCAACUGCUUUCAUAUGUGGCACAACAUGUGAGAAAAGAACGACUGGUGAAAAGCAAAUAAAGAUUUUGUUCCCUUUUAUAUUUUCUUAUUUCUGUGUUUUUCAAAAAAAAGAAGAAAAAAAAGAAAAAAGGAACAUAUGGUGACUACAGUCAAAGAAAAGUAAUAGUUAUAUUUUUUCACCCAAUUUUUUUUUGAAGUUCUAGAGCCUUUGAGGAAAAAAUAUUUGUUGUAAAAUCUGUUGUUCUGUAUAAUAAAAACCAAAAAAAGGAACUUCUGUUUUUGUGUUUCUUGGUGAUGCAUCACAUCAGAAUUAGUGAUGUAAAUUAUCGAUUAAUUCAUUAAUUAACAUAAAAAGCAAAAUAUUGCUUAUAUACUGAAUAGAAUUGCAUGUUAUAUUGCUCAAUUGAUGUUCUAACAGUAACAGUUGGGAUACGGUACAGAUAAUGGCAUUUAUCUAGUUCAACUAAAUGUUAAAUGUCCCGUAUGUUUGAUUUCAGAGCGCCGUAGCGCAUUCGUGUAGCGCUACCUGUCACGUAGCCCUCAAACCGCAUUCACUUUAUAGCCCUUAAUCCUGUAAUUGUGGACAAUUGUGGGCACAGAGGACUCAGGUGUGA